CUCAGUUUGCUCCAAGUGCUCCAACCACGAUGUCCGCAGGCUGUACUUGCCUGACGCUGAUCCUUUUGCUGGCAGGAUGGUUGACUGGUGUGUCGGGAUUCAAAUUUGACGCCAGAACAUACUGCGAUCUGCCAUACUGUGGAGAGAACAACGUCGUUUGCCUGAAAAGCAACCACAGCUUUCAAUGCAAUCCCAUGGCUAAAUUUGUGAGCCUACGACACCACAAAAGGGAAAUACUGGCAGCGCUCAAUCGAUUUCGGAAUAAGGCUGCCACCGGACUGACGCGAUAUCUGCUGCCUGCGGGUAGGAUGGCUCGCAUGGACUGGUCCGAAGAGCUCGAAUACUUUGCCAAGGCCGAUCUCCUGACCUGCAUUCCCCUGCCGCGCCCCUGUAUGACAUCGCCGAGUAUCCCCAACAUUGGCAGCAUCUUCGACAGCGAAGGCUAUACGGGAAAAGAAAUGCAAAACCAAGACGUGGUUCUCAAAAUAAUGUCAACGUGGUUCAAGGAGGGACAAUAUGUGACCAGAGCGCAAUCCGUGUAUCUCGAAGAACGUCAGGAUUCUAGAUCGACAUACAGGGCAGUGCUUUUGAUAACGGAACGCAACACGGCUGUGGGCUGUGCUGCUAUGAAAUACACCGAGGACCGCGUCCACUACUUUUACCUGAGCUGCUGCUUUUCCACGGUCGGCAUGAAGCGUACGGCCAUCUACCAGAGCGCCCUAAAAGCGGGCACGCUCUGCAAGCGUCGUGAUAUCCAAUACAAGAAUCUGUGCGCCAUCGGCGAGCAGUAUCCCGUGAAUAACCAAACGUAUUCCGACCAGUACAUCUGAUGACGGAUGACUAAUAUAUCCAAUCAUGGCAUACUCGUAAAAACGUUCUGUGCAAAAA